AUGGACUCUACAGUGAAACCGAUAAAGAAAGAACCAACAGAGUCAAAUCUAUUGUCACAUUCACAAUCAUCACCUGUAAAAUCACCCACAACAUCACCGAUUCAAGCGAAUGUGCAGAUAAAGACAUCAAAUCCAUCUCCAUUAAGUACCACCCAUAGUAUGUCUACAUUAAAUACAAAUCAAACUUCCACCAUACAUAAGAAAAAUGAUGACUCAAAAUUAUCCAACUUCUUGCCUACAAAAUCACAACCACUUCCAAACGCAAUAGGAGGACCAAGACCUACUCCCCGUCCUUCAAUACCGACCACAUUACCACAAACAACCGCACGAUCACAGCAACAACAGAUGAAUCCACAUCUGCAGGUACAUCCUCAUCCUACCCAUGCCAACCAACAACAUUCACAACAUCUAGUUCAUGCACCACAUACUCAUCCAGCUCAACCUCGUGCUACACCUCAACAUAUAGCGCCCAAAUAUGCUAAAAUUCAACCCGCAAUUGCUCCAAAACCAGUAGCUGUCCUACCCAAACCCACUAGUUUUUGUCCAUUGCCACUGGGGAAAACUCCAUUUCAAAUUCGACUGACAUUUGCAGCAUCUUUGAAUCCAAAGUCUUCCUUAAAUAUAAAUACGUCAAAGAGAUGGGUGUUGCCACCUAGACCAAGACCAGGUAGGAAACCUACUAAUGCAGAAGGUGGGGAGGAGAAAGCAAAACCGGCAAAGAGUCCAAGGAAAAGAACAAAAAAGAAGGAUCUUGAACAACAACAACAGCAACAACUACAAUUGCAACAGCAGCAACUACAACAACAGUCAGGAGAACAGAAAACUGUAGGGAGUAUUCCAGCUGCACAACAGCAGCAACUGCAAGUUACAUCAAAUAUACUUCAACAAGCUCAGUUGAAAGCUGGAAGUACGGGGCUGUCGACUAUUGUUGCUCCUACAACGUCAACUAAGGCCAUGGUUGUUAAACAGGAAGCAGUAAGUAAUAUUAAAGCACUUGAACAAAUACUGCAACAACAUCAAGUGAAAGGAGGAUUGCCAGCAAUUUCAAACGUGACAUCGACAUCUGCUUCUACAUCUACCACAAUUGUCAAUUCACCUACAACUAUGACAACUACAACAACAUCCCCAACCAAAAACAAUACUACGGUGUUCAAUACUCCUAUUUCCGCCAAUAUUUCACUGAGUAGUGUAUCACCAUUACCAGCACUUCCAAGAAGUAUGAGCAUGGCAACAACCAACUCUCCUGCUACUUCUACAAUCACUUCUCCUAAAGCUGUAGUUGUUAAACAAGAACCAUCGGAUUCUAUGGAUAUACUGAACUUACCAGUUGCAAUACCUGCAGACGCAACUUUAACUACAAUAGCACCAUCACAACUGGCCUCAGGAUCGAAUUCUCAAAAUCAACAAAAUCAGAAACUUCCACUUCCACUUCCACCAAUUCCAAAACCAAUUGAUCCAAGUGCACAAUUAAAUGAUAUGAAAAUGACAUAUUUGGCAAAACUUAAAGAACAAGAAUUGAUCCGAAAUUAUAUUGAAGUUAUAACUGAUCAAAUUAAGGAAUUAAGUUUUGUUCAGAAUGGGGUUAUUACAUUUGAUGCAUUGAGUAACAAUAAUAACAAUCAUAACAACACUGCUAGUGUUCCUAUUCCUAGGAAAUCUUCUUCGCCAACAACUGCCAGUAGUAGUAGUAGUGCAUCACCACCGGCUGCGGCUAAAUACGAUCAAUUGGAGUCAAUUAAUAAUUUGAAUGAUUUGAAUAAGUUCUUGAACUAUCUUACAAAAUCGUCCAAUAUUAUCCAAUCAGCCAAAAAACUGCAUCAGAAACAACAACAGAAUCGUGAUGAGGUAUUAAAUAGUCAAAUCAAUCAUUAUGUCGAUGUUAGGAAUAAAUUCAAAGCGAUGAAGAAACAAGAAGUGCAAAAACAGAAAUCCAGUUUUUUGGGAAUUGCCAAUCCCGGUACAAUUCCCGGCACCAACAAAAAGAAGAAAUGUUCCAAGGGAACAACUUCAACAUCAGCGUCGACAUCCACAACCAAAUCGCCUAUCGACACCAAGGAAACAACAUCGGGUUCACCACCGGCUGGCCCUUCAUCUUCGAUCUUCUCACGCACGACAUUACCAGAACGACAAUUCACUCCUGAUUUAUUACGACCCAUGAAGGCGGCUAAUUUAUUCAUGAGUGAUCAACAUCAUGACAAUCUCCAUGAUGAUAUAAUCGUGGAAGAAUUACAAACUGCCACUAUUGAAAGUUCUCCGGGGUCGAUGUUGACAAAUGGUACAAUUAUGAAUAGCAAUGAGGAUGGCGAUAUUGGUGCUGGUGGUGGGGUGAAUACUGUAAACACUGAUUUGGAUUUUUUUAUGGCUGAUACUCAUGAUUUCUUGAAUCGAUUAAUAUUGAAAGAUGAUGAAGGGGAUGUAAAUAUGCAAGAUGAUGGUUUUGCGAAGAUGGAAGAGGAUGUUUUGGGAAAGGUUGAGAUACAUUCUGAACUGCUGCCACAACCGCCGGUUCAACAGCAACAGGGGCAACAACAGCAGCAGCAACAGCAGGAACAGGAACUGGGUGUGAAGACUUCGAUUCGGGAUCAUAUACUUAAGAAGAAGCAGAAGUUCAAUUGUGGAUUUUGUACGAAUGAUACUCCAUGUUUGUGUUUUGAUGCAGAAUUGGAUCUUAGUAGUUUGAGAGAUUGA